AUGCAAGCUGCAAGAUGUCCUACAGAUGAAUUAUCUUUAACUAACUGUGCAGUUGUGAAUGAAAAGGAUUUCCAGUCUGGCCAGCAUGUGAUUGUGAGGACCUCUCCCAACCACAGGUACACGUUUACUCUGAGGACCCAUCCAUCAGUGGUUCCAGGGAGCAUUGCAUUCAGCUUACCUCAGCGAAAAUGGGCUGGACUUUCUAUUGGGCAAGAAAUAGAAGUGUCCUUAUAUACAUUUGACAAGGCCAAACAAUGUAUUGGCACAAUGACCAUUGAGAUUGAUUUCCUGCAGAAAAAAAGCAUCGACUCCAACCCUUAUGAUACUGACAAGAUGGCUGCGGAAUUUAUUCAACAGUUCAACAACCAGGCAUUCUCAGUGGGACAGCAGCUUGUUUUUAGCUUCAAUGAAAAGCUUUUUGGCUUACUGGUAAAGGAUAUUGAAGCCAUGGAUCCUAGCAUCCUGAAGGGAGAGCCUGCGACAGGUAAAAGACAGAAGAUCGAAAUAGGACUGGUUGUUGGAAACAGUCAAGUUGCAUUUGAAAAAGCAGAAAAUUCAUCACUCAACCUUAUUGGCAAAGCUAAAACCAAGGAAAAUCGCCAGUCUAUCAUCAAUCCUGACUGGAACUUUGAAAAGAUGGGAAUAGGAGGCCUGGACAAGGAAUUUUCAGACAUUUUUCGACGAGCAUUUGCUUCCCGAGUAUUUCCUCCAGAGAUAGUGGAGCAGAUGGGUUGCAAACAUGUUAAAGGCAUCCUGUUAUAUGGGCCCCCAGGUUGUGGUAAGACUCUGUUGGCUCGACAGAUUGGCAAGAUGUUGAAUGCAAGAGAGCCCAAAGUGGUCAAUGGGCCAGAAAUCCUUAACAAAUAUGUGGGAGAAUCAGAGGCUAACAUUCGUAAACUCUUUGCUGAUGCUGAAGAGGAGCAAAGGAGGCUUGGUGCGAACAGUGGUUUGCACAUCAUCAUCUUUGAUGAAAUUGAUGCCAUCUGCAAGCAGAGAGGGAGCAUGGCUGGUAGCACAGGAGUUCAUGACACUGUCGUCAACCAGUUACUGUCCAAAAUUGAUGGGGUAGAGCAGCUGAACAACAUCUUAGUCAUUGGAAUGACCAACAGACCAGAUCUGAUAGAUGAGGCUCUCCUUCGACCUGGAAGACUGGAAGUUAAAAUGGAGAUAGGCUUACCAGAUGAGAAAGGCCGACUACAGAUCCUUCACAUCCACACAGCAAGGAUGAGAGGGCAUCAGUUACUCUCUGCUGACGUAGACAUUAAAGAGCUGGCUGUAGAGACCAAGAAUUUCAGCGGUGCUGAACUGGAGGGUCUGGUGCGAGCAGCACAGUCCACUGCUAUGAACAGACACAUAAAGGCCAGUACUAAAGUGGAAGUGGACAUGGAGAAAGCAGAGAGCCUGCAGGUGACAAGAGGAGACUUCCUUGCUUCUUUGGAGAAUGAUAUCAAACCAGCAUUUGGCACAAACCAAGAGGAUUAUGCAAGUUACAUUAUGAAUGGUAUCAUCAAAUGGGGUGAUCCAGUUACUCGAGUUCUAGACGAUGGGGAGCUGCUGGUUCAGCAGACUAAAAACAGUGACCGUACUCCAUUGGUUAGCGUCCUUUUGGAAGGCCCUCCUCACAGUGGGAAGACGGCUUUAGCUGCGAAGAUUGCAGAGGAAUCCAACUUCCCCUUCAUCAAGAUCUGUUCUCCUGAUAAGAUGAUUGGCUUUUCUGAGACAGCCAAGUGUCAGGCCAUGAAGAAGAUUUUUGAUGAUGCAUACAAAUCCCAGCUCAGUUGUGUGGUUGUGGAUGACAUUGAGAGACUGCUUGAUUAUGUCCCUAUUGGCCCUCGGUUUUCUAAUCUGGUGUUACAGGCUCUCCUAGUGUUACUGAAAAAGGCACCUCCUCAGGGCCGCAAGCUUCUUAUCAUUGGGACCACUAGCCGCAAAGAUGUCCUUCAGGAGAUGGAAAUGCUUAACGCUUUCAGCACCACCAUUCACGUGCCCAACAUUGCCACAGGAGAGCAGCUGCUGGAGGCUUUGGAGCUUUUGGGCAACUUCAAGGAUAAGGAACGUACCACGAUUGCACAGCAAGUCAAGGGGAGGAAGGUCUGGAUAGGAAUCAAGAAGCUACUGAUGUUGAUUGAGAUGUCCCUACAGAUGGAUCCUGAAUACCGUGUGAGAAAAUUCUUGGCCCUCUUAAGAGAAGAAGGAGCUAGCCCCCUUGACUUUGAAAAUGGACUGUUUGCAAACACACAGUGACCAAGGGAAAUGACCAAGGUGAAGAUGGCUUGAGAUCUUCCCUCGAUUUAUUCAAGAUACUGGAUGACCUUCACCACGUGCUCACUCUGCAUGAUUAGUGCAAUAAAACUUCCUUCCUUACGCUUA